GCCCAGCAGUGCCACACACAAGUUCCACCCACCUGUGCCACCCAGCAGUGUCACCACCUGUGCCCAGAAGUGCCACCUACCUGUGCCCAGAAGUGCCACCCACCUGUGCCCACCCACCUGUGCCCACCAGUGCCAUCCAACAGUGCCCAUCAGUGCAGCCCAGCAGUGCUGCCAGUCAGUGCCACCAGUCAGUGCCCAGCGGUUGUGCCAGUCAGUGCCCAGCAGUGCUGCCAGUCAGUGCCCAGCAGUGAUUACCCAUUAUCAGUGUCACCUAUCAGUGCCACCAAUCAGUGCUGCAUAUCAGUGCCACCUAUCCGUGACACCUCAUUAGUGCUGCCUAUCAGUGCCGCCUAUCCAUGCCACCUCAUUAGUGCCGCCUAUCAGUGCCGCCUAUCAGUGCCCUUCAGUGCUGCCUGUCAGUGCCCAUCAGUGCCACCUAUCAGUGCCCAU